UCUAAGUGACCCCAAACUUUUCAAAGUUUGUGUGUAUUUUCAUACUUUUAAGACAAAAUAAUAAUAGUUUUUUAAAACUGAUUGUUGUACACAACAAAAAAAACAUGCAAACACCAAAGGUCAACACUGCAUUAUGUGACAUGCACAAGUAUUAACAUACCACAGAUAAUUGUAUGUUUCCAUGUAGAAAAAUAUUCAAAUGUAAUGUUAUUCUUUUCAACAAACUGUAACAAAGCAUGUCUAUUUUCAUUGAAGGGCUAAUGAACAGAGAUUAUGAACAAUCUGCCGGAAGUGUCAACCCAAAUAUAAUCAACCACUGCACCGGCACUGGACUAGCUAUGAGUUUAGCCUCCAACCGAGUCUCCUAUGUCUUUAACUUCACUCGACCCUCAAUGUCCAUUGACAGUGCCUGCUCUUCAUCCCUUGUUGCACUUCAUUUUGCUUGUCAAGCCAUAAGACAAGGUGAUUGCGAGAUGGCCCUUUGUGGUGGUGUCAGCUGUAUCAUACAACCACGAGUCUUUGUCGCUCUCAGCAAAGCAAAGAUGAUUUCCCCUGAAGGCACAAGCAAACCUUUCUCCAGCAGAGCGGAUGGCUAUGGCAGAGGAGUGGGUUGCGGGGUUAUUCUGCUGAAGCCACUGAAACAAGCUCUCAAAGAAAAUGACCAUGUAUGCAUCAUAAGAAAAACUGCUGUAAACCAAGAUGGCCGCACAGUCACUCCAAUCACCAAGCCAUCCAUGGUCCAGCAAGAGGAGCUGCUCCGCAGAAUCUAUUCACAGUCUGACCUGUCCACUGUCCAGUACACAGAGGCUCAUGGGACUGGAACUCCAGUGGGGGAUCCCAUAGAAGCAAGCAGCAUCUCCAAAGUCAUUGCCAAAGCCAGACCUCCAGGUUCAGAAACACUCCGCAUCGGCUCUGUGAAAGGCAACAUUGGACAAGAAUCUGCAGCUGGAGUGGCAGGUCUAAUCAAGGUACUACUAAUGAUGAAGCAUGAAACCAUUGUCCCUUCACUGUUCUACUCUGAGAACAGUGACAGUAUAGAUGCUAAAGCCUUAAAUGUAAAGGUUCCCACUAAAGCAGAAAAGUGGGGAGAUUCUGUUGAAAGGGUUGCAGGGAUAAAUAACUUUGGUUUUGGAGGAACAAAUGCACAUGUUAUUGUCAAGCAACACAAGCAGUCACAGGUUUCUAGAAAGAGUGGUAGAAAAUCACACAAGUAUUUUGUCCUCUCUGCGAGUUCUGAAAAGUCUAUCAGUAUGAUGAUGGAGGAGAUUCAACAGAUAGACAAAGACAACAAAGUUGAUUUAGAAGCUCUUGCAUACACAUCUGCUUGCAGGAGAAGUCACUUAAAACACAAAUACAAGAAGGCUUUCAGAACUUCCUCUCUGGUUGAUCUAAAAGAUCAACUCAAGUCUGCCCUGAGUAAAACUCCCUACCCCUCAUACUCAGAUCCAAGGUUAGUAUUUGUCUUUUGUGGUAAUGGUGUGACCUACCAAGGUAUGUGCAAGGAGCUCCUGAAAGAUGAGCCUGUUGAGAGUGAAUCUGAGAGUAAGGACUUUUCAAAACCAGAUGUUGUCCAGCCCCUCCUCUUUGCCAUUCAGGUUGGCAUUGCCACUCUCUUCAAGCACUGGGGCAUCAAACCAGAUGCAAUUCUUGGUCACUCUGUUGGAGAGGUUGCUGCUGCCCACUGCUCUGGUCUGCUGUCCCUUGAGGAUGCAGUGAAGGUGAUUUACUUCCGCAGUACUCUGCAGAGUAAGGUCACAGGAGGGAAAAUGCUUGUGGUCAGUAACAUGGCCGUGUCAGAGGUCUUGAACCUCCUUCCCUCCUACUUAAAUAAGGUUUGCCUGGCUGCCUCCAACAGCCCACAGUCCUGCACCCUUGCAGGUGAUGCUGAUGCUAUAGACAGUCUCCAUCAAAAGCUAAGCAGUUCAGUCAAGAGUAAGAAUCUGUUCCUCCAUGUUCUGGAUGUCCCUGCUGCAUACCACAGCCAGAUGAUGGAUCCCAUCCUCUCUCAAAUAGAGGAGAGUAUUGGUUCUUUACAGGUGAAUCAUGUUGAGACAGAAUUGUUCUCCACAGUGACAGGGAAGGAGGUAGAGCAGCCAGACUUCAGCACAGGCAAAUACUGGGCCAGGAACAUUCGAGAGCCUGUUUCAUUUGAACAGACAGUGAGAUCAGCAACCAAAGACAAAAAGAAUGUGGUCUUUGUAGAGAUAGGCCCUAGAAGGGCUCUACAAAGGAACAUCCAGGAGACUCUGGGAAAUGACACCAUAGUUAUGUCCUCAGUGAAGCCAGAAAAAGAUCAUGAGACAAUGCUGACCACUGUAUCCAAACUGUUUGAGUCUGGGGUUCAGAUCGACUGGGAUCAAUUCUACAGAGACUGUGAGGCAUUACCAACACAUUUCCCUGUGUAUCAGUUUGAUUCCACUCAGAGAGAUGUUAUCAUUCCUGCAUCAAAAAUAAAUACAGCAGGUACUCAUCCUGUGCUAACUCAGACAGGAAGUGAGGGCAAUAGCUUUAGCUGUGAUCUGUUUUCUGACUCAGUAUCUUACUUGCAUGAGCAUAAACACAAUGGUGUUGCCAUUGUCCCUGGUGCUUUCUAUACUGAGUUGGGUUUGUCUGCUUUCAUGUUAAGUGCCAAACCAAAAGUGCCACUCAACACACUGCAAAUCAGCAUCAGCUUUCAAAGUCCAUUUGUUUUCACCAAAAAUGCACCAGAGAUGAAAGUGCAACUUGAACCAGCAGAAGAUGAGACGCAUAUUAAGAUACAUUCUUCCUCUUCAACCUAUGCAUCAGGCACAAUAGUGUGCAAGCAAGAAAGACUAGUCGAAGAGCAGAACAUUUCGCUAAGCUCUAUCUACAAAAGGUGCAAGUCAGUGGUGAGCUCGGAGGAGUUUUACAACAUAGGUCAUGGCGGGUUUCAGUACGGCACUGUUUUCCAGAACAAGGGUGAUGUACACUAUGGUGAAGAGCUUAAGGAGGCUUUUUCAGUUGUCACAGUUCCAGAGGAAUUGCUGUCUCAGUUGCAUGACUACUGUAUUCACCCUGUAGUUCUAGACUUCCUGAUGCAACUCGCUCCUGUUACAGUAGCACACGGAUUCUCUUCCAGGCCUGGGUUUCCUGCCAAAAUAGGCAGCUUGACAGUCUUUGAACCUCUGCAACCGGAAAUGAUUGUUUAUGUGAGAGCAAUUGAUGUAGGAGUUGAUCACUUUGAAGUAUGUGGUUGCUUCACAGACAAAGAGGGAAAAAUAUUGGUUGAGCUUAAGCAUGUGAUGAUCAAGUACCUUGGGAGCCAUUCUCGUGUUGUUGAGGAAUACUUCUUCCACAAUGACUUCAGGGUUGUCUCUGAGGACAUCAAGUCCUCUCAGGCACGAAAGGCCUUGGUCUUUUCUGACCAGGUAGGAGUUUCCAAAGCCAUGCAGCCACACUUGAGCUCAAUGUCUAAAUACAUUCCCUUUGCACAUGCUAAGGAGUUCUUAAACCAUGGAUUUCCCACACUUCUGGCAAACCUUAAUAUCUCAGAUAUCAAGAAAAACUUUGAAGAGGUCUUGUUUAUGUGGGGUGAGGAAGAACUCACUUCAGUCAAAACCGAGACUGUUCUGGAGAAUAUAGUAAACUGCUGUGAGAUUUUCCGUCAACUAGUCCUGGAACUAAGGGCGAGUAAUUUUCCAAACUCCAUCAGAGUAAUUACUUACCGAUCGGCAGAGAACACAGUAGACCGCAUCAGCCCAGGCUUUGCCCUCUCAGGCAUGACUAGAGCAUGUGCUGCAGAAAUGGCAGAUCUUUCCUUCCAGCUGAUUGACAUCAGCUCUGUCUCUACAGAGGACAUCAGAGCUCUGUCUGAGGUCUUAAAGUCAUACCCUUGCAGCAAAUACCAGGAGUUGGUUGUGAAAGAUGGGCUGAUUUUUACAUAUGAUAUUGUGCAUACUCCCAUGGAAAGCAUUGAGAGCUCUGGGGGAAGUAUGUCUUCUUCAAUGUCCGAGGCAUGUAUCUUUCAGACGGCUGACCCCUACAGAAUGACUAGCUUGUCUGCCAUUAGCUGUGAGGUCAAGAAAAAGGACAUCCAGCAGAAAUCAGUUGAGAUUCAGCUCAGUAAGAUAUCUGUUCAUUCCUCAGACUACUUUCCUGUCAGUGUCUCUGAUCUGCACUUUGGCAAGACAAUUUACUGGAAGAAACACACAUCCCAGAACCAUCAGCUUUUGGCCCUUGACUUCAGUGGCACUGUCACAGCUUUCGGGAAAGAUGUGAGCACACUGAAAGUGGGAGACCAUGUUGUCUCAUGCUACCCUGUUCUUGCAUCCUCUGCGAUCAUGGUUCCUGACGAAGCAUGCUACAAGACAAAGAGGCUCCCAUUUCUAAAGGAGGCUCCAUGUGUGUCCUACUUUGUGCUGGCAUGGGAAAUAUUGUACAAAGCGUUAACUAGAGUCAAAGAACAGAGAAGGUUGGGGAUCAUCUCCUCUGUUCCUGAUUCUGGUCUGCUCAAGGUUUUAGCCCAAACAGCAAACAAAUCAGGAUGGAAUGUCAUUGUAGGGACACAGUGCAAUGGGCUGUUUGUAAAUGCUGAUAAAAUGGAUGCAUUUGUCCUCCUUCCGCCAUUUGACGAAUCUCUGUUGGCAAAAGCAGGCAAUUUCCCUGGUGUUAGACACAUUGUCAUUGUCUGUGAAUCCCAGUCUCAAUGCUUGCUGGCACAGAGUGUUUUCCAAAAUGUGAAGGAUAGUGUUCGAAUGCAAACUUUUCAAAUGUCCAGCAUCAUACAAAGGGGAUCACUCAUUGCCUAGAAGCCACAUAUUUAUCAUUGGCUCAAGUCCAUGCAUUUGGACAGGAAGUAAUUUGUUCUAGAACACUCUACCUUUCAAAGGUUGACAUCAGGAAGCAUCGACUUCUUGCCUGUUGAGGAGUCUGAAUCGUAUUUUAGCUCAAAGACCGUGCCUGUUGUGGCACUAGGUAAAGAUGAUUCCAGAGGCACACUGUCCAAAAUUCCUUUGUUGCCUAAACCAAAUCAGCUUUUCCAAAAAUUCUAUGUCACAGAUGGCCUCACUGGGCUGGGAUUUGAAACUGUGAAAUUAAUUUCUCAGAAAGGUGGAGAGUACAUUGUCAUACUCUCCAGAAGUAGCCCCACACCUGACAUGCAGCAGGAGAUCUGCAAUCUGGAGAAGCAAUACGGUGCCCAUAUCAAAUGUAUGGGAUGUGAUGUCUCGGUCUCUGAGCAUGUGCUCAGAGCGAUUGGUCUCAUUGGCAAGAAGUUUCCCUCUUGUCCAAUCAGAGGAGUGUUCCACAGUGCAGUUGUCCUGCACGAUGGCCUGAUUGAAUCCCUUGACAAGUCUCUGUAUGAGAAAGUCCUGAAGCCCAAAGUGAAUGGGGCUUUGAAUCUACACCAUGCCACGAAACACUGCAAAUUGGAUUACUUUGUGUGCUACUCCUCUGUUGCAGCGUUCAUUGGCAAUGUCUCACAAACAAACUAUGCAGCAGCCAAUUCAUUCCUGGACAUAUUCUGUCAUUAUAGACAGAAUAUUGGACUAGCUGGGCAAUCCAUCAACUGGGGGCCUUUGAACCUUGGUCUCUUGUUGAACAAGGAUCAUUUCCAAAGGUUUCUUGAGGCAAAGGGAUUGAUGGAUGUUACAGAGAUUUGCGAAAGUCUGGAACAAUGCCUCCAGCUAAACAAACCUCAACAGGCUAUAUGCAAGUUCAACUUCAAAAACAUGAAGUACAAUGUCAUGUCUCAAAAUGCCUCAUUGACCAUGCGUAUGACUGCAUUAGUGGAAGAGGCAAUGCAAAAAGACAAAUUGAAAGAGUCCCGGUCUGGACAUAAUGCUGCUUCCUCCUCCCCAAGUGGUUAUAUCAGAUCUGUACUCAGUGACACAAUCGGUGUUGACAAGAAUGAGUUGAAUGACAAUUCUCCUCUCUCUGCCUUAGGCAUUGACUCAAUGUUAGCCAUGACUUUGCAGAACCUCAUCUUUCAGGAGAGGGGUGUGAAUGUGCCACUGGUUCAAUUGCUGGACCCAAACAGCACACUGUCGACAUUGAUUUCAAACCUGAUGGAAGGGACUGAGGGUGAAUCGCAGAAUGAUGACCAGAAAGAGGGCAUGAUGGAUGACAUGUUCACAAGACUAUAGAGAUUUCAAAAGCUGAAUAUUGAAAAUAAAGAUGUAGAUAUCAGAUUUUCCCAUUAUAUUUGCAUGUUUGAUCAGAUAACAUUUAGAAACAUUACACAUAUCAUGAAAACAAUACUAGCACAAGACUGCAAUUACCUUUGGCAUGACCUGGUCCUCACAUAACAUUGUAACAAAGGUAAAUAUGUUGUUAAUUAUCACUAAAUUGAAUAAUAUUUGUUGAAGAUGUUAUGCAAUGUUUUGCUAGUAUUACAAAAUAUAUUUUUCUUUCAAUUUUAGAAUGUGUUUUUUUUAACAUUUAUAAGUUUGGAUCUUGUUGUAUUCUUAUAUUAAUCUUAACCAAAUGUGCUAAUGUGUACUGUAUUUCAUU